UGUCCCGCCGGGCACCCGGCCCCGCGGCCCCGCACCGCCGCACGCACCUCCCAGGCGCCGCCGCCGCCGGGCGGGGCGGGGCGGUCCCGGCAGUAAGAUGGCGGCCAGGGGCUUGCACUCCCACGUGAAGCUGGAGGGGGAGAUCGAGCGGUGCCGGGCGGAGGGGCAGUGGGCGCAGCUCCGGCACCUGGCCCAGCAGCUACUGCCGCCGGCUCGGCCCCCGCGCAAGGCGGCGGGCGGCGCGCAGGACGCCGAGGACUAUGGGAAUAUGCUACUUGCAGAGGCUCUGCUGGAAGAAUGUCUGAAGGAUAACUUUGCCAAACUGAAGGACUCCAUUCCACUGACAGAGAAGAAUGAGCCAAAACUGGGUGAAGCUAAACAGCAUCUGACCAAUAUCUUAAGCAGAGGAAAGCUAAGACCUAAGUAUAUGACAGAAGCUAUGCUGAUCAUAGGAAAGCUUCAUUAUGUGGAGGGAUCCUACAGAGAUGCCAUCAGCAUGUACGCAAGAGCAGGAAUUGAUGACCUCUCAACAAAAGAUGAACCUCUGUACAUGCUGCGUUUGGUAACUGAGGCCUUCGUUAUUAAAGGUCUAUCUCUGGAGCGCUCAACCAACUCAAUUGCCUCACGUGCUCGCCUGUGUGAAAGGGAGGAGGAAGUCAUGGCUUGUUUUGAGACAGCGUGUGUCAUUGCCCAGGUGUACUUGCAGGAGCUUGAAAAGACCUUAAACAACACACAUUCAAGGAGUAUCAAGGGCAGCAAUGUGACUUACUCUGAGUUUGAACUUUCCUAUUUCCUGGAAGCAGCUCUACAGAGUGCCUACGUGACUCAUUUAAAGAAGGGAGAUAUUGUGAAAGGAAUGAGGAGUCUGCGAGAAAUAUUACGGACUGUGGAAACAAAAGCUACGCAGACCUUCAAAAUGACUGCAGCCAAACAGCUAGCCCAAAUACUUCUCCAUUCCCUCAGUGAAGACUGUUACUGGAGCCCUUUAUCUGAUCCUCUUCCUGAGUUCAUGAACAACAAGGAAGAUCAGUCUUAUGUUAGCAAUCUUCUUUGUCGGAGGCCCGAGCUGUACACAGAAGAGAAUGCAUACUGCCCUCAAGACAACGUAGAAGAGGCUCUUCUUCUCCUCUUAAUCAGUGAAUCCAUGGCAAACCGGGAUGCAGUGAUCAGCCGAGCCCCAGACCAGCAGGAUGACCGAGCUGUCAGCCUCCAGGAUGCUUCUGCAGUCUACGACCUCCUCAGCAUCACGCUGGGCAGAAGAGGGCAGUAUGUCAUGCUUUCUGAGUGCUUGGAGAGAGCCAUGAAGUUCGCAUUUGAUGAAUUUCACCUCUGGUACCAGCUUGCCCUGUCCAUGGUGGCUUGUGGAAAGUCGGCAUAUGCUGUGUCAGUGCUUAAAGAGUGUGCUAAACUGCGACCUACGGAUCCCACCGUUCCUCUUCUUGCUGCCAAGGUCUGCAUUGGGUCGCUGCACUGGCUGGAAGAAGGAGAAUACUUUGCUAAAAUGGUGAUAGACUUGGGUGAGGAUGCUGGAGAGUCCUUAGCAAAGGGUUACCUGGCACUGGGCCUGACAUACAGUCUUCAAGCUACUGAUGCUACUCUGAAGGGCACUCAGGAUGAAUUAAACAAGAAAGCACUUCAGACUUUAGAGAGAGCACGUGAGUUGGCCCCGGAAGAUCACCAAAUCAUCCUCUACCUGUCACUGCAGCUGGCUGUUGUCAGACAGAUCUCUGAUGCUAUAGAACAUCUUCAAGAAGCACUGCAACUGUGCAAAGAUGACAUGAAUUCACUUCAUCUACUGGCCCUCCUCUUUUCAGCUCAGAAGCACUAUCAGCAUGCACUGGAUGUUAUCAACAUGGCUGUUGUUGAGUACCCAGAAAGCUUUAGCUUACUCUUCACCAAAGUAAAACUGGAAUGGAUACAUAAAGGACCCGAAGAGGCUCUGGUGACAUGCAGACAUAUGUUGCAGAUGUGGCAGAUGGUAUAUAAUGUUUUACAGCACAGUGGCUCUGAGAAAGGAAGUAGUGUCACCGAAACACCAGUGAUCAAAAAGCAUAAUGGACUGCAUCUCACGCUCCCGGAUGCUCAUGAUACUGAUUCUGGAUCACAGCGAGCCUCUUCCCUUGCUGCAUCAAGACUGGAACAGGCCAUGUCUGAAAUAACUAUGCAGAGCAGCGCAAUGAAGCAAGGACCUAUGCAGCUAUGGACAGCUCUUGAACAAAUUUGGCUACAAGCUGCUGAGCUCUUCAUGGAACAACAGCAUCUCAAAGAAGCAGGCUUUUGUAUCCAGGAGGCAGCUAGUCUUUUCCCCACAUCUCAUGCUGUACUGUACAUGCGUGGGAAGCUUGCAGAGAUGAAAGGCAAUUUGGAGGAGGCGAGGCAAUUGUAUGAUGAAGCGCUCACAGUGAAUCCAGCUGGAGUGGAAAUUAUGCACAGCCUGGGCCUGGUGCUGAGCAGACUUGGGCGGAGGGACCUGGCCCAGAAAGUCCUCAGAGAUGCCAUCCGGAUCCAGACCACCAGUCACAGGGCCUGGAACAGCCUUGGAGAGGUCUUGCAAGCUCAGGGGAAAAACGAAGCAGCCAUCGAAUGCUUCCUCACCGCUCUGGACCUGGAAUCCAGCAGUCCUGUCAUCCCGUUCACUGUCAUACCCAGGGAGCUCUGAAGCUUUGCUCUGCAGCUAAGCACCUUCAUUCCUUGACAGACACCAAAACCAAGCAAAUAAACAAAGAAAAAGUCCAACAGAAAAGUGCCAUUGUAACCUGGAACUGGGCAAAACAAUUCCAGGAUGGGGCUCAGGUCUACUCGCUUAGCUGAACUGUAGUAGAAUUUGCAACAGGCAGAAAUAGAGAAUGCCUUGUUCUUCACAGGUGCCUGGCUAACCUCCUGUUCAAGUUGAUAGCGAAGCUUAUUUCAGAGUGUUGGUUCAAGGUGACUGUGGAAAGCUCGUGCUAGAGUACAGCUGUUCAAAGCACUUGCACCUUUCAAUUUUCAUUAAAGAUAAAAACCCCACCCCACCCCCAGCCCUUAAUUAAAGCCCAGACCUGCUCUAAACAGGAGUAAAUGCACCAAUUAACUUGACCAAGUUGCGCUUAAACAUGUGGCUGCCUCCACGCAGCUCUGACAGGAUAGGAAUGACAAUUAAACCAUAUAGACUUACAGUAUAUGCCAUUUACAAAACUAUUUCAGUUAUUUUGAUAAUCCUUUCUUCUGCCUUGCUUUUAUAUACUGCAUAUGCUCACUAUAUUUAGUGUGGCGCUUGCCUAGACGAAUUUAAAUUAAAAAUACUUUUUAUUUUUUCAAAAGCUGCUAUUGCAGCAUGAUUCACAAAAGCAGGAAGACCAAAGACCAAAGACCAAACCAGUUCACGCUUGAACUAUAUUAAAAACAUAUAUGUAUCUCCACUUACAUAUUUAUUGAAAGGCCUUACAUGAAGUAGCUAGUUAUAAAUUCUGAGCUUCAUGCUGAUUAAUCACCUAUUACAUCACUUUUAGUGAGGAAUACAGUGAUUACCAGUAUAUUGUGACUGAACUGUGUGCUCUACUGCAUUACCAUUCCUGGCACAAAACAUUUUCAUAUCCAUCUUUUCAUGAUACAAAAGAUGGCAGCAUGGCAGCAGUCUUUUAAAGGAAAUUAUGCUGAAGGCAGUAUGUGUAUAUAUGAAUUAUUUCUGUCUUAAAACCAAAUCUUUGGAUGGUCUAUAGAAAUUUCACAUUGGAGGUAAGGAGUUGAGCCUUCGGUGGGGUGGGAUCAUUUUGCCUGUCGUAUCAGAUGUAGGAGUGAAGAGCUCCUGUUCCACGCAGCCUCUCCAUGCUGGCAGGCCAGGGCCGCAGCUGGCAUACCCCCUGCUAAGCUGCUCCUUAGCUGUUCUCCACCUCCCCAGGGCUUUGGCACCGAGGUAGAGCUCUAUGUGCCACGGCACACGAGACCCAGCCUCGUCCAGACCAGUCCCGAGAUGAAGAUGGUGCAGAAGGGAGCUGCAGGCGCUUUUCUACACAAAAGGUUGGGGCUCUGUGCCCGUUUCUGUCCAAAGAAGAUUUGUGACUACUUCAUAAGUAGGCUUGCACUAAAACACACUUUGUACUAUAAUUCUGCCCAGUAUUGUGAUCCGCAACUAGUUCAUUCCGGAGAUAAUAAUAUCCUCAGGCAAUAAAUGAGAUGGGGUUAUUUCUUAAAGAGCCCAAGGCUCUGGCAGCAGACUUGAAGUCAGCGUUGUUUACAAUUACAUGGAAAUCUGCAGGCUAAUGGAGAGGUGGGUGCCUCAUACUGCUCCCAGACCACACCAUUGCAGAGCUCCUGCCCCCAGCCAAGGGAAGCACACUGCCCUCAGGCUGCUCUCAGCAGCCUCUUGCACUCCCUGGCCAGUAUCUUGAAUUUUUCCCAUUGAAUUUUUGCCAUUAGACUUCCUCUGCAAGUUUUAGCACUGCGAUAGCCCAGCUUAUUUGUCUGUCUACUGAGGGGUCUAGAGUGAAAGCAAUGCCACCGUGAAAGGUGCUCAGCCCAUGAGGUCUCUGGUUUUCCAGUGCCACACUGGCACCAAACUGGGCUUUUAGGCCAGAGGCAGGUUUCCGAGGAGACAGUGUUACUGGCCACGUUUCUCCUUAGCAGUAGCACCAGCAGCAGAGAAAGAAGUAGGUGUUUGUUAAAGUAUCAGGAUUAAAUGAGUCUCAUGAAGACAGAAAGAUGCAGCAGAGACUCGUUUUGCUGCGAAGGAUGCUAUGAGGUCGGCUUGCUCUGCACGGCAGGUGGGAAAGGGGGAAGGAGAGAUGUUGUUUUUGACAUAGUUUGUAAAUUGUUACCCAGGUGUUUUAAACCCAGUUCACAGCCAGAUGCAAUCCGACAAUAUACUUCAGUAGAUACAUAUAUAGAUAUUAUAUUCCAGUAUUUGUUGUGCUCCACAGUUCCCAGGGUGGAAGCAAGCCUUCUGUGUAAGACACAAAAAAAAAAGAGUCAGUGUGGUCUGACAUCACCGCUUUCUUGUGCAACGUAUGUCUGUAAAGCACUGCCAUAGCAACUUCUGUGUACUGGAUAGCUAUUUGAGUACAAGCUAUGCAUCCAGAGAGCUAUUUGAGUACCAGCUAUGCAUCCACCUCUGCAACCAAGGAACCGCGUUAUGAGGUCUGUAACGUAGCUGGCCUGUGACCUGGCAGGAGGGUGCCUGUUUCCCAGCAGCAGCUGAAAAGCAAACACUCGCAGACCCAUUUACUUCUGCAAGUGUAGCUGGUAAACAACCAGCAGCCCAUCACGUUUGGUGCCAUCAGGCAAGCUUCACCUUGGCGGUAAUUGGACUUGCCACAUUGGUCAUCCUGCUAGAAGAGGUGCAAAUGUGCAUGAGUACUAAAAGUGCAUCAACCAGUCAGAUAUUGCCAGGGUGGUACUAUGUUUGUUGUGUGCUUUAACGGGUGUUACUGGCUUUGGAAUUGCAGACCUAAGAGCCUCUGCCUCUAGUGUGGCAAGGAAGACGCACACUUGUAAAUACCAUCAGCAUCAACAGGAAUAACAUGGCUAAGGUACCCUUUUACCAGCACAGCAAAUCACAGCCCCUACAUCAAUGGCAAACAAAGUAUUUUGGAUGCAUGCUGAACACAACCCCAAGAUUUGCUGCAUGCUUCCCAGAGAAUACAAAGCACCUGUUGGCUGGAGAGGUGUUACAUUGGCCUGAACUGCUCUGUACAGUGCAAGAAAGAGGGUGGUUGGUGCAGACUCGCAAGUAUUGCAGGGUAAAUCCUCUAGCUACAUUUGUUAUUAGUGCUCACCAAAACAGAGGCCUUCCCAAGCUUACAUGCUACCUCUGUUAUUCAGCACGGAUUUUGUUCAUACUUCCACUUACAGAAAAACAAGGACAACUACUUUGGACAAGCCUAUGUAUUGUACUGUUUGUUUAAACAGCAACACUGAUAAAUCUAAAGACCUACUUCCUUGA